AUGCUGCGGCUGCUGGUGGCCAGCGCCCACAUCCCCGCAGCCACGGGCGCCGGGCCCGGUGUGCACGUGUCCGCCCGCUUCAGAGGUGUCCCCAGGAGCACCCGGGUGGUGCCAGCAGAGCGCAACCCCACCUGGAAUGAGGUGCGGGUGAGGGUGAUCGAGGGCCACCAGCUGCAGGGCGAUGACAUCAAGCCGGUGGUGACGGUCCUCAUCGGCGAGCACCGCUUCAGGACCAGGAUCCGCACGGGGAACAACCCCUACUACAACGAGGUGUUUUCCCAGCAUUUCCACCAAACGCCCAUCCAGCUGGCAGCAGUGCCCAUCCACAUCCAGGUGCUCAACUCCCGGGCCGUCCGUGCCGAGGCCACCAUCGGAGCCUUCAAGCUGGAUGUCGGCACCAUCUACAACGCGCCCGGUCGCAGGCUGAGCUGGAAGUGGCUGAGCCUGCAGCACCCCCGGCGCCCCGAGGCCGGAUCCUGCGGCUACCUCCGCGUCAGCCUGGCUGUCCUCCGCGCCGGCGAGACCGCGGCGGAGCCGGAGGAACCGGCGGGGAGCAAGGAGGUGGAAGCCAACCUCCUGCAGCCUUCGCCGCUCACCCCGUGCGUGGCCACGCUCCAGCUCCACGUCUACCGCGCCGAGGACCUGCCCCAGGAGGAACCGACCCGGUCGCACCUCCCGUCGGUGUUACCGGCCGGCGGCAAGCGGGGCUUCGUGGCGGCGGCGGUGCGAGCCAGCUUCGCCGGCAGGACGGACACCGGGGUUGCGUACCGGGGCCGGGUGCUGCUGGAGCUCAGCACCCACACCAGGAGCCCAGACGGGCGCCAGCAGGACACCAUCGCCUCCGAGGAUGUUGCCCGCGUGCAGCGCCUCCUGCCCCGGCGCCGCCGCUUCGGGCUGUGCGGGGUGUUUUACUCGGCCACCAUGCUGGCACCUGCGCCCGAGCUGCUGCGCUUCGAGCUCAGCAUCGGCAACUACGGGGACACCGGUGACCCCACGUGCCGCCCCGCUGCCUCCACCACCCCCCACGGACACCCCCUCUUUGACGGCAAUCGCUACCACUACUUGCCCUGGUACGACGCCAAGCCGGUGGUGGCCGUCACCUCCAUUUGGGAGGACGCCGGCCACCGUUGGGACGCCACGAACCUGCUGCAGAACAUGGCCCAGAGGCUGGUGACUCCACAGGAGGGAAACGUGGCCGCGCUGCGGGACGCGGGGACAGCCACCUGCGGGGACGCCGGGAGGAGGCUGCUCCGGGAGCUGGCGCGGGACUGCAGAGUGGCGCUGCAGGUGCUGGAGGCGCAGCUCCCCAAGACGCCGCUGGACGCGGAGCUGCGUGCCGCCCGCCUGCACCUCCUGCGCCUCAUGGCCGCCUCAGCGACCACCAGCCCCCCCCAUGGCGGCUGGGCCGCGCUGCUACCACAGGCCGAGGCCUGGCUAGGCCGCGUGGCCGCGCUGGCGGCCGAGCCACAGGCCGGUGUCCCCGACGUGCUGCUGUGGCUGCUGAGCGGGCCGCGGCGGGUGGCCUGCGCCCGCGUCCCCGCACACUGCCUGGUGUUCUCGCCCCGUGGCCGUGCCGCCUGCGGGAGGCUCUGCGGCCGGACCCAGACCCUCUUCUUGGGGGCCUCGGGCCACAUCCACGCCCAGCUCCGUGUCCGGCUGUGGCUGGGGCGCGUGGCCGAGAGCCGGGACCUGCCGCGGUGCCUGGAGGGCACCCUGCACAUCUAUGCCGAGACGUACGAAAACCAGACAAAGCUCCUGGGCAAGUGGAGCGGGAGGGGGCUGCCGGGGCGCCCCGGCUUCUCCGACAUCACCGGCAAAGCGGGGCUGCCCCGCCACCGCAUCCGGCCCCCCAAGGGCUGGCGCUGGGACGGACCCUGGGCCGUGGAGCCACAGCGGCGGCUGCUGCUGGACGCCGAGGCCAACCUAGGCGAGGUGCUGGAGGAGGUGUACGAGAACGAGAGCCGGCAGCCCGGCGGGGACUGGGGACCUGCCGCCGUAGCCAACACCGAUGCCGCCGGUGCGGCGGUGCCCCCCAAGGAGGAGGUGGCUUGUCCCCAAGGCUGGCACAUCACCGACAGCUGGCGGGUGGACAUGGCGGGGGCCGUGGAUGAGGCCGGUGAGCGAGCGUCCCCAGCGGGUACCGUGGGGAGGGUGGUGGUGGCAGAGGUGACAAGGACACCCGGCUGGCACAGGCUGGGAAUAUGGGGCGAGCACGGCACCCGGCAGCCCCCCUGCCUUGAGCAUCCCCACCCGCUCCCCGUGCCACCGUCCCCUGCAUGCCUCGUGUCCCCACAGCACAGCCCCGAAGCGCCGGCAGCGGACGAGGCGUGGGAGUACGCGACCCUGUGGGGCUGCCGCUUCCACCUGCGGCCCCGCGCUGGGGACCUGUGCCGGCGGCGCUGCUGGCACCGGCGCAUGGUGCCAUUGCAGCCCCCGUCCGUGGCCCCCCUCUUCCUCCUCGAGGGCUCCCCGGGCACGGAGGCGGCGGUGCCGGAGGGCGAGCAGCCAGCAUCAGGGGCCGGGGGCCGGGGGCGCCUGCAGCAGCCCAUGCCCCUCAUCCUCUGCACCUUCCAGCGGCCCAGCUACUUCCAGCUGCGCUGCUACCUCUUCCAGGCGCUGGAGCUGGUGCCCCACGGCACCAAGACCACUGCAGACCCCGUCGCCCACGUGUCCUUCGUGCACGUCAGCCAGAGCACCCGGGUGCUCGCCCGCACCCUGGACCCGCGCUGGGACCAGGCGCUGCUCUUCCACCGGGUGCUGCUUUAUGGGGACCCCCGGGGGGUCCGUGACGAGCCCCCAGCCGUGGUGGUGGAGGUGUUUGACAAAGAAGGAGAGGGUGCUGGCAGCUUGCUGGGGCGGUGUGUGUGCACCCCGCAUGUGUGGCUGGAUCUGGGGGGCCGGCAGCCCCCCCGGCUGCGACGUUACCCGCUGGAGGGGCCGGGGGGGCCGGCGGGGGAGCUGCUGGCUGCCUUCGAGCUGCUGCACGAGGCUGAGGUGCUGGCGUGGGGGCUGCGGGGGCUGCGCGGCCGCUUCCCCCUGCCCGUGCGCGCCCCCAGCCUGGAGGUGCAGUGCGGGGGCCAGGUCCUGCGCACGCCCCCCAUCGCCGACCUCGCCGCCAACCCCAACUUCCCCAUCAACGCCUUCCUGCUGCCGCUGGCUGCGGAGAGGGAGGAAGAGGAUGAGGACGAGGGAGACUGGUGGAGCAAAUUCUAUGCGGCCAUGGGGGACACUGCAAAGAGCCACCGGGGGACACACAGGGACAGCCUCAAGGUCUACAGCUGCGAGCUGGAGGCGGUGCCCGAAUUCGAGGGGCUGCAGGAUUUCUGCCAGACCUUUCCCCUCUACCAGCCGGGGGGGCCGCUGGGGGCCGGGGAGGACCCCGUGCCCGUGGGCGAGUUCAAGGGGCUUUUCCGUCUCUACCCCCUGCCCGAGGACCCCGGGGUGCCCCCCCCGCCGCGCCACUUCCAGGAGCUGCCCCCCAGCCAGCCCCAGCAGUGCCUGGUGCGCGUCUACAUCGUCCGCGCCUUCGACCUGUCCCCUCGUGACCGGAACGGGCUGUGUGACCCCUACGUCCGCGUCUCGCUGGGGGCGAAGACACUGGGCCAGCGGGACCAGUACGUGCCCAACACCGUGGAGCCAGUUUUCGGCAGGAUGUUCGAGGUGAUGGGCACCAUCCCGCUGGACAAGGACCUGCGGGUCUCACUGCUGGACUACGACCUGCUGCCACCCGACCAGGAGAUCGGCAGCACCACCAUCGACCUGGAGAACCGGCUGCUGUCCCGCUUCCGCGCCCACUGCGGGCUGCCCCGCCUGUACCGCACCGCUGGCCCCGGGCGCUGGAGGGACCAGCUCAGCCCCAGCCGGGCUCUGGAGCACUUCGCCCGCACCCAAGGGCUGCCGGCACCCGAAUUCAGCGCCGACGGCACCGCCGUCACCUUCGGGUGCUCCACCUUCCUGCUCAGCCAUUUCGGUGGGUGUCGGGGUCCGGGGGUUCCGGGGAGGGGUCACGGGGCCCCUGCGGUGGUGCGAGGGCUCGGCCUUGCAGAGAGCGGCCCCCCCGCGCACCGGCACCCCGGGGCGCCCCGGGAGCGCCUGGCCCUGCACGUGCUCCGCGCCUGUCACCUUGUCCCCGAGCACCUCGAGACGCGGACGCUCUACAACAGCACCCAGCCCGGGCUGGAGCAGGGCAAGGUGCAGAUGUGGGUGGACGUCUUCCCUGCCAGCCUCGGCCCCCCCGGCCCCCCUGUCGACAUCACCCCCCGCAAGCCCCAGAGGUACGAGCUGCGCUGCGUGGUGUGGAACACGCGGGACGUGGACCUGAGGGACACCAACGUGGCCGGGCAGAGGAUGAGCGACAUCUAUGUCACCGGGUGGCUGGACGGGCUGGAGGAGCAGAGGCAGAGGACGGACGUGCACUACCGCUCGCUGCAAGGGGACGGCAGCUUCAACUGGCGCUUUGUCUUCCCCUUCGAGUACCUGGCGGCCGAGCGGCUCUGCGUCCUGCCCCGAAAGGAGCAUUUUUGGAGCCUGGACGAGACGGUGCAGAAGCUGCCCCCCAAGCUCAUCCUCCAAGUGUGGGACAACGACAUGUUCACGGCCGAUGACUUUUUGGGUGUCCUGGAGCUGGAGCUCAGCCGGCUGCCGCAGCCAGCCCGGCGCCCCGAGGACUGUGCCCUGACGCCACGGGCAAGCCGCUGGCCCUGGCGGGGGGCACGGGGCCCCCCCCACCUCUCCCUUUUUCGGCAGAAGCGGGUGAAGGGCUGGUGGCCCUGCACGGUGCAGGAGGGCGGCAAGCGGCGCCUGUCGGGUAAGCUGGAGCUGAGCCUGGAGCUGCUGAAGGCCAAGGAGGCAGAGGAGCGGCCGGCAGGGAAAGGGCGAGAGGAGCCCAACAUGUACCCGGCCCUGCAGCCACCCCUGAGGCCGGAGGGGUCGUUCCUGUGGCUGCAGGCUCCGCUGCGCAGCCUGCGCUACGGCCUCUGGCGGCGGCACCGCUGCCGCAUCGUGCUGGGGCUGGCCCUGCUGCUGCUCCUCGCCCUCAUCCUCACCUUCAUCUACGCCGCACCGGUGAGCGCAGCCCCCCCCAAUCCAUCCCCCUGCCAGCCCCUGAGCCCCCCCUGAGCUCC